GCAACAUUAUUUUCAUUGGUUUGAAAUGAAAUGAUUGCAAGUUUGUUUGUAAACAAGCGUGUUUGUUUACACGGGUUUGCAAUAAUCUUGAAUGUUUUAUUUUGUUAUAGAAGGAAAAUAUGUCUUCGAUGAUCAGGAUAAAAUAAUAUCAUUUUUAAGCUGAUUAAUAACUGAAAUUCUGAUAUUUUUCAUAUUUUAAUAAUUAUCAAUUUGUAAUGUUACGUAUUUAUUUUUUCAAAAUUGUAUCUGUCAGAUAUUACAGUACUGUACUGAGAGAUGUCCGCGUUAGAUUUGCCCCGAGUCCAACAGGGUUUUUACAUUUAGGAGGUUUGAGAACUGCGUUGUUUAAUUAUUUAUUUGCUCGUAAAAAUAAAGGAAAAUUCAUUCUUCGUAUCGAAGACACGGAUCGAAAGAGGAUCAAACCAGGAUCUGUUGAAAACUUAAAUGGUAUGCUAGAAUGGACUGGUUUAAUUCCUGAUGAGAGCCCUGAAAAAGGAGGACCAUUUGGUCCUUAUGUUCAGUCUGAAAGAUUAGAGAAAUAUCGAGAAAAAACAGAAUUGCUUUUGGAGUCUGGAGCUGCAUAUCGCUGCUUUUGUUCUGAAACUAGACUGGAUAUCUUACGUAAAGAGGCUCUGCGUACAAGGGAAAGUCGUGGCUAUGAUAAUAAGUGCAGACAUUUAGAACCUUCUGAGAUAGAACAGCUACUGAGAGAGAAGAAACCUUUCACAAUCCGUUUUAAGAUUCCUAAAGGACCAAUAUCACAUAAUGAUAUAGUAUUUGGACCACAAUGCUAUGAUGUGUUAGAAAAUGAAGGAGAUUUUAUUAUUAUGAAAAGUGAUGGAUUUCCAACGUAUCAUUUUGCUUCAGUUGUAGAUGAUCAUUUAAUGGAAAUUAGCCAUGUUUUAAGAGGGACUGAAUGGUUAAUAUCAACUCCUAAGCAUAUUUUAUUGCACCAGGCUCUUGGUUGGCAGCCACCCAAAUUUGCACAUUUACCUUUGUUAACUAAUAGUGACAGAAGCAAAUUAUCGAAACGUCAAGAAUCUAUUGGAAUUGAACAUUUUAAGGAAAAAGGCUACUCGCCCAUUGCUUUGCUGAAUUUUUUAGCUGUUGCUGGUGGUGGUUUUGGAAAGCAAGAAGGUUGCAUUGCAUAUGAUUUAAAUACAUUAUGCUCCAAGUUCAACUUAGAAGAAGUCAACACUGGCUCCUGUAUAGUUGAUUUAAGAAAAUUGGAUUUGUUUAACCACAGUUAUUUAGUCCAACAGUUGUCAAGUGAACAAACACUUUCCAAUUUAAUAAAAGAAUUAAGGACUGUCCUUAGGAAAAAAUAUGGUGAAAGGUAUAAUAAAGAGGAGAAAAAUUUGUCUGAUUCGUACAUACAAAAAAUACUAUUCUGUUACAAGGACAGAAUGCACACGUUGAACCAUUUGACUGAACCUGAUAUGGAGUAUUUGUGGACAGCAGUAGAUUGGAAAGACAUAGAAGAAAAAUUCAUUUCUCUGAAAAUACCAUCUUCGGUCAUUACAAAUUUGAAGAAUGUGCAUAAUUUCUUAUUUGCUUUGCCUGAAUCAGAAUUCAAUCAAAAGGAUUUAAUACCUAAACUGAAGAAUUUAAGCAAACAACUGAAUGUGCCUUAUUCAUCACUAAUGCGGACUAUGCGAAUUGUUCUCACUGCUCAAAAAGAUGGGCCAGGAAUUGCUGAAAUAAUUGAUAUGUUAGGAAGGAAGAGAUGUUUAGAAAAAUUAAAUUUCGCAGUAGAAAAAAUUGAAAAUAGUUUGAAUGUUUUAAAUUCUUAGGAAUAAAAUUUUUACAUUUUGUUUGAAUAAAUACAUCAUAUAUGUAUAAAGUUGGUUGCAUUAAAAAACAUAGUUUAACGAAUCUAUUUCAUCCACUA